AUGCUCGCCCUUUUCUUUCCUUCUUUCUUCUGGCUUGGCUUCUGCUCCCUCCCAUCCCUUGCCGUCACCUCUCCCUUCCCCCCCUCGUACUGUGUGCAGUACCAGUACUCUGUACAGACACAUGCGGCGGCGACACGUCCUUCUCACCUCCCCCCCCCCCCCCCCCUCGUCGUCCUUUUGCCCCCUUCCAGGGUUCGUGAUGCAGCCUCUUCUGCGACAGGCAAGGCGCAAACCCGACAGUUGGGAACUGGUGGUGUGGUCUCGUCGCGAAUUGGCCGGCCAGCCCGCAGCUGCAUGCCUGCCUGCCUGACGGUGUCCGCCCGGCGCCUCUCCAACGCCAUGAAUGGACGAGAUGCCUUGCCAUCUCACCAAGGCCCUGCAAGUUCCAACAUGCUGCAACCUGGUCGGCCCCCCUCCCUUGCGUUUUUUCUUCUUUUUUCGCUCUCCUCUGCUGUUUUAUGUUUGGAGGGCGUGGCUCGCACAGAGGGGGGAAGGGGAAAAACAAAAGGGCCUGGUGACGGCGGCGCUGCGGGCACAACAGAACAGGCGAUAUCGUCGUCGCCCUUCUCGAAUGUGCGUGACCGGGGUGUCGAGGAAGAGCCGCGUGGUUUGUUGCAGGAGGGGGUGAUGAACGGCGAGAGAUAA